AUUUUGCUUUAUAUAAUUUUUGGACAAUACAUAGCAUUUUCCGUAUUUCGUGGAUUUUUUUUUUCUUCUGCGGAAUUAAUUUCCGUUAUGCUCGGAUUACGGCUGUGUGCUUUCGUAAAUCUUGAUUCCACUUUAAACCGAAUGCAAAUUAUAUCUAAGACCUUGCAUUGUUUAGGAAUAACCUAGGAUUCGUGGUGUUCUUCAUUCAUGAAUCUGGAAGGGAAACGAAGCUGUCUUUAUCUUCCCUGUUUUGUUGAUUGAACCCGAUUUUGGCCUUUUCUGUUCUGCACCUGAAGUUGUCAAGAAAAAGAAAACGUUCAUGCAGUUUUUACUUUUCUAUGGAAUAUAUUUGUGUCAGGAGUUUAUUCAGAAGUGUUUUUAAAGGUUGGAGUGGUAUUGAGAAGCUUGCGGGAUAUUGCUGAAUUGUAUGGCUGUGAGGCAUCCUUGCAGGGGAUUGAAACACAUCGUAGAUCAUUGGGAUUACAGUCAAUCAGUUCAAAAUGCUUUGGAGCUGCAAAGAUUGCUGCCAUACUUAUUGAUGAUGGACUUGAAUUGGAUAAAAUGCAUGAACUAGAAUGGCAUAGAAGUUGUGUUCCAGUUGUUCAUAGAGUAUUAAGGAUUGAGGUUUUGGCGCAGAAGAUUCUUAAUGAAGAGACACCAGAUGGAUCGGAAUGGACAUUGGAUACAUUCACUGAAAUCUUUGUGGCAAAGUUGAAGUCUCUCGCAGAUAGAGUUGUUUCCUUGAAGAGCAUAGCUGCUUACAGGAGUGGUCUGGAAAUUAAUCCAAAUGUUGACAAGAAGGAUGCUGAGAAUGGUCUUAUUGAGGUCUUAAGUGCUGGGAAACCUGUUCACAUCCAGAAUAAAAGCUUUAUUGACUAUGUCUUCAUAUGUGGUUUGGAAGUUGCUUUGUGCUUUAACUUGCCAAUUCAGAUUCACACAGGUUUUGGAGAUAAAGAUUUGGAUUUGAGGUUUUCAAAUCCUCUUCAUCUACGGGCCCUUCUAGAGGACAGUAGAUUUUUGAAGUGUCGUAUUAUUCUUCUGCAUGCAUCCUAUCCAUUUUCAAGGGAAGCAUCAUACCUAGCUUCUGUUUAUCCCCAGGUCUACCUUGAUUUCGGACUUGCGGUGCCAAAGCUUAGUGUCUAUGGGAUGAAAUCUUCUGUGAAAGAGCUUUUGGAACUGUCUUCAAUAAAGAAGGUGAUGUUCAGCACAGAUGGUUAUGCCUUUCCUGAAACUUUCUACCUAGGUGCAAAAAGAGCACGUGAAGUUGUUUUAUCUGUUUUAUGUGAUGCUUGUGAUGAUGGUGAUCUUACAAUUCCCGAAGCUUUGGAGGCUGCUGAAGACAUCUUUAAGCAAAAUGCAAUUCGGAUGUACAAUAUUAGUGGGACUAUCAAGACUGCUGAUAAUGAGAACGUUGUGUCCCAUGACUUUGCGACAAAAGAGACUAACACUGUAAAGGAGGAUACCGUAUUUAUUCGGAUUAUCUGGGUUGACACCUCUGGACAACACCGAUGUCGUGCGGUUCCGGCGAAGCGCUUCCAUGAUGUUGUCAAGAAUAAUGGUGUAGGUUUAACUUUUGCAUCCAUGGGCAUGACCUCUCAUUCUGAUGGGCCAGCUGAUGGAACAAAUCUAACUGGAGUGGGUGAAAUCAGACUGAUGCCGGAUCUGUCAACCAAGUGGAGACUUCCAUGGUCACAACAAGAUGAAAUGGUUUUGGCUGAUAUGCAUCUUAAACCUGGCAAAGUGUGGGACUAUUGUCCGAGAGAAGCAUUGCGAAGGGUAAUGAAAGUGUUGAAAGAUGAAUUUAACUUGGAAAUGAAUGCUGGCUUUGAAAAUGAGUUUUAUCUCUUGAAGAACAUUUCAAGUGAAGGGAAAGAAGAAUGGGUACCAUUUGAUUCAACCCCCUAUUGCUCCAUGUCAGGAUUUGAUGCUGCAUCCCCUAUAUUACAGGAAAUUUACUCUGCUCUCCAGUCCUUGAAUGUUCCAGUGGAACAGAUUCACGCAGAAGCAGGUAAAGGUCAGUAUGAAAUAGCACUGGGACACAGAGUUUGUACUCUUGCUGCUGACAACUUGGUUUUCACCCGUGAAGUUAUUAGGGCUAUUGCAAGAAAACAUGGGUUAUUGGCAACUUUUGUGCCAAAGUACUCAUUGGAGGAUUUUGGCUCUGGAUCCCAUGUACAUUUGAGUCUGUGGGAAAAUGGAAAGAAUGUAUUUAUGGCAGCUAGUGGAUCAUCUAGACAUGGAAUUUCCAAGAUUGGAGAGGAGUUCAUGGCUGGAGUUCUUAAUCAUCUUCCUUCAAUCCUAGCAUUUGCCGCUCCACUUCCAAAUAGUUAUGAUCGUAUUCAACCAAAUACAUGGACUGGGGCAUACCGUUGCUGGGGAAAGGAAAACAGAGAAGCUCCAUUGAGGACGGCAUGCCCACCUGGAAUAGUGGAGGGACUCGUAAGCAAUUUUGAGAUUAAAUCCUUUGAUGGGUGUGCAAACCCAUACUUGGGCUUGGCUUCAGUAGUUGCUGCUGGGAUUGAUGGCCUCCGGAGGCAUCUUAGCUUGCCUGAACCCAUUGAAACAAACCCUUCUAGCCUCCAUGGAGAAAUUGAAAGAUUGCCACAAAAACUUUCUGAAUCUGUUGAAGCUCUUGAAAAAGACGAGAUUUUAAGGGAUCUGAUCAAUGAAAAGCUUCUGACAGCUGUAAUUGGUGUUCGCAAGGCAGAGGUUAACUACUAUUCCAAGAACAAGGAUGCUUUCAAGCAACUUAUACACCGCUACUAGUGAGCUGACAAGGUUUCAAACAGGUGCUGAUCCCCGCAAAAAGCAGACCAUAAGGCUAGAGGUCAAAGGGGAUGCCCUGAAGUUGGCUCAUUGGCUAAAUCAUCAGUUUAUAGUCUGAUCAUGUCCUGAAGUUGGCUCAUUGGCUAAAUCAUCAGUUUAUAGACUGAUCAUGUCUUUUAUUUCUUUGAUUUUAGAUGUUCCCCAUGAUGGGGAUGUGGUGGAUUUCAUAGGAUUUCCUAUAUGCAUAAGUUUAUUUUAUUGGAUCAGGUCGGAACUAAUUGAAUAAAGGGGGAGGGUUCCCCGUGCCCUAGUAUGGGCUGGGAUCUUACCAUUGGUGGCACAGAGAAUGGUGUUAUCCACAUGGGAUCCACAUGUUCAAUUAGAAGGUGUAAGUUAUAUUGGUGCUUUGGAAACUUUUUUCCAUAAUAAAUAAAAUGAAAAAGAAUAAACUUUUCUCCUA